CCGCCAGCCUCCUCCGCAUUCCCCCCAGGCACACGGUGCUGGGUGACUGGCUGGGGCAACACUGCUUUUGAAGAGCCGCUGCCGCCGCCCCAAAAUCUGCAGGAGGUGGAGGUCCCCAUCGUGGCAGAUGAGAUCUGUCAGUGGCAAUACCUUAAGAUCGGCAAGGUUAUCACGGAGGACAUGCUGUGUGCGGGGAGCUGGGGCCGGGACUCCUGUCAGGGUGACUCUGGGGGCCCCUUGGUCUGUAAAUGGAGGGAGACCUGGGUCCAGGUAGGCGUGGUGAGUUGGGGGCCCGAGUACUGUUUUGCCAACUUUCCUACAGUCUAUGCCCGAGUGACAUCCUUCUUGCCUUGGAUUCGCGGUCAUAUUCAUUCCUCUCCUUGAGCCCGGGUCCGGGCAAGGAUGCUGCCCAUGAGAUGAAGACAGGACCCUCCCUGCUCCCUCCCAAUGGCAGCUCUUCAUUGCACCUAGCAGGCCUCCCCCCUCACCCCCCACCUGCUCUGAGAUCCUCCCGCCUCAGCACCUCCAUCAGCCCCUCUCCCCUGACAGGGAAAAGGGAGAGGUGGGAUGUGCUCUGAAGUCAGGCGGGCACUGCAGGACUCCUGCCUCCUCCCCACCCCCUGUAGCUCAUUAAACUGCAUGAAAAACUG